AACCUUGAAAAACUAUCCCCCUACGAGUGCGGCUUCGAACCCCUUGGCUCAGCACGCCUCCCUUUCUCCAUUCGAUUUUUCUUGAUCGCAAUUCUAUUUCUUUUGUUUGACCUGGAAAUCGCAUUACUCCUCCCCCUCCCCUGAGGUGAUCAACUUCUUUACCCCUUUUACACUUUAAUAUGAGCUUAUGUAGUUCUAAUGCUUUUAACAUUAGGCCUAGUUUAUGAAUGAGUACAAGGCGGGUUAGAAUGAGCAGAAUAAGUGCCUAGUUUAAUUAAAACACUUGAUUUCGGCUCAAAAAAAUGUGGUUAAAAUCCCCAAGCACUUUAUGUCCUUAGUCCACCUCACCCUUUCAAAUUGCUUUAUUCUAGGUAUAGCAGGUGUCUCAUUCCACCGCACCCAUUUAUUAUCAGCCCUAUUAUGCCUUGAAGGAAUAAUGCUUUCGCUUUACUUGGUGAUCUCUAUUUGGGUUUUACAACUAGACUCACCAAACCUUUCGUCAACCCCAAUACUCCUUUUAGCAUUUUCGGCAUGUGAAGCAGCAGUGGGCUUAGCCCUGCUUGUAGCCACUUCUCGUACUCACAACACCGACCACUUAAAAGCACUUAAUAUUUUACAAUGUUAAAAACUCUAAUCCCAACCAUUAUAUUACUUCCAACUGUUUGAUUAACCCCAUUUAAGUGACUUUGACCCGCAAUUUUAACCCACAGCUUUACCAUUGCACUAACCAGCUUUUGCUGAAUAAACGCAUCUUCCUGCGCAGGUUGAACAACCAUUAAUCAAUUUAUAGCAACAGAUUCGUUAUCAACCCCCCUUUUAAUUCUCUCUUGUUGACUCCUCCCCCUUAUAAUCCUAGCAAGUCAAAACCAUUUAAAUAACAACCCACAUAAUCGCCAACGAACUUUUAUCUCACUGCUUAUCGCUUUACAAACUUUCUUAAUUCUAGCUUUUAGCGCUACAGAACUAAUUAUAUUUUAUGUAAUGUUUGAAGCCACCCUUAUCCCCACCAUUUUAAUCAUCACCCGCUGAGGAAACCAACCUGAACGUUUAAACGCAGGCACUUAUUUUCUAUUCUACACUUUAGUCGGGUCAAUACCUCUUCUUGUAGCCCUACUAAUACUUCAAAGCAACGCCGGCUCCCUUUCCAUAGUUGUCACACAUCAUAUAUUCCCUUUGGGCAUACCCACCUCAACUAAACUAUUGUGAGCAAGCUGUCUCAUAGCUUUCCUGGUUAAAAUACCACUGUAUGGUGUACACCUUUGGCUACCUAAAGCUCAUGUAGAAGCCCCUAUCGCAGGGUCAAUGGUUCUAGCCGCCGUACUACUUAAACUAGGAGGUUACGGUAUAAUCCGCCUCUUAGCUCUCUUAGACCCUCUUACUAAAGAACUAGCUUACCCUUUUAUUAUUAUGGCUCUCUGAGGGGUGGUAAUAGCGGGCUCAAUAUGUCUCCGACAAACGGACCUUAAGUCUUUAAUUGCAUAUUCCUCCGUCAGUCAUAUGGGUCUUGUUGCUGCUGCUAUCUUAAUCCAAACAGCCUGGGCUUUUAAAGGAGCAAUAAUACUUAUAAUUGCACACGGUCUUACUUCUUCAGUGUUGUUCUGCUUAGCUAAUUUUUACUAUGAACGAACCCUUACUCGAACCCUCCUUCUAACUCGUGGUAUACAACUAAUCUUCCCUUUUAUCGGUCUAUGAUGACUCGUAGCAAUCCUAGCAAAUCUGGCUUUACCGCCUUUACCAAAUUUUACAGCAGAGUUAGUUAUUAUUACUUCUUUAUUUAACUGAUCUCCUUGAACCGCCCUAUUGGUCGGCGCAGGGGUAUUUAUCACUGCUGCUUACUCGCUUUACCUCUUCCUCGUAACUCAACGGGGUCCUAUCCCUAAAGAAUUUACUGAGAUGAACCCCGCUUAUACUCGGGAACACCUUAUCGCGAGCCUUACUCUUCUCCCCCUUAUUUUUUUAAUUUUUAAACCACAUUUGAUCUGAGGUUUAAACUACUGUAGGUGUAAUUUAACAAAAAUGUUAGAUUGUGAUUCUAAAAAUAAAAGUUUAAACCUUUUCACCCACCGAGAGAGAAGAGAAAAACAAAAACUGCUAAUAUUUGUCCCUUUGGUUAAACUCCAAAGCUCACUCGCACACUUUUAUAGGAUAACAGCUAUCUGUUGGCCUUAGGAGCCAAAGACUCUUGGUGCAAAUCCAAGUAGAAGUUAUGCACUCCACUUCCCUAAUCUUAUCAUCCACCCUUUUGAUAAUUUUUGUCUUUCUUAUUUCCCCUGUCCUAAACACCCUUGUUUCAAAACCCCUCUCCGCAAACUGAUCAUCAACGCAUGUUAAAUCUGCAGUCAAGAUAUCAUUCUUUACUAGCCUUAUCCCCCUUUUUAUUUUUUUUAACAGUGGAACUGAGACCAUUGUCUCCUCAUUUACAUGAAUAGAUCUAGCAACAUUAGAUAUUAAUAUUAGCCUUAAAUUUGAUAUUUACUCUGUUAUUUUUAUCCCUGUGGCUCUUUACGUAACUUGGUCUAUCUUAGAGUUUGCUUCUUGGUAUAUACAAUCAGACCCCGAUAUAAACCGCUUCUUCAAAUACCUACUCAUGUUCUUAAUUGCAAUAAUUACCCUUGUAACAGCUAAUAAUAUAUUUCAGCUAUUCAUCGGGUGAGAGGGUGUAGGGAUUAUAUCAUUCCUACUGAUUGGUUGAUGAAGUGCUCGAGCGGAUGCAAGCACAGCAGCAUUACAAGCAGUACUUUACAACCGUAUUGGUGACAUUGGUUUAAUUAUUGCCAUAGCUUGAAUUGCAACAAACCUCAACUCCUGGGAGAUAGAUCAAAUCUUCAUAUCUUCCAAACACAUGGACCUCACUUUACCUCUUAUUGGGUUAGUCCUUGCAGCCGCGGGAAAAUCAGCCCAAUUUGGACUUCACCCGUGGCUCCCUUCUGCUAUAGAAGGCCCAACCCCAGUUUCUGCCUUACUUCACUCAAGCACUAUGGUCGUAGCAGGCAUCUUUCUUAUAGUACGCAUAAGCCCUAUGCUACAAAACAACUCUUUAGUGCUUACACUUUGCCUUUGUUUAGGAGCAUUGACAACCCUUUUCACAGCAAUUUGCGCCCUGACACAAAAUGAUAUUAAAAAAAUUAUUGCAUUCUCUACAUCAAGCCAACUUGGCUUAAUAAUAGUAACCAUCGGACUCAAUCAACCACAACUUGCCUUUCUUCACAUCUGCACACACGCGUUCUUUAAAGCCAUACUAUUUCUCUGCUCUGGCUCCAUUAUCCACAGCUUAAAUGAUGAGCAGGAUAUCCGCAAAAUAGGAGGUAUACACCACUUAGCCCCUUUCACUUCAUCCUCUGUAACCCUGGGAAGCUUAGCUUUAACUGGUAUACCUUUCUUAGCAGGUUUCUUCUCAAAAGAUGCAAUUAUUGAAUCAUUAAAUAACUCUUACCUGAACGCCUGAGCCCUUCUCAUUACAUUAAUUGCUACUUCACUCACAGCCGCAUAUAGUCUUCGAGUAGUCUUCUUUGUAUUAAUGGGUAACCCUCGAUUCCUCCCACUAUCCCCUAUUAACGAGAAUAACCCAUCAGUUAUUAACCCUAUUAAACGUUUAGCACUUGGAAGCAUUGUGGCUGGGUGACUUAUUUGCUCCAACAUCACACUAUUAAAAACCCCAGUAAUAACCAUACCCCUAUUUGCUAAAACAACAGCAAUUGCUGUUACUCUGAUGGGGUUUUUGAUGGCAUUUGAACUAGCUUCAAUAACCUCCAAGCAAGCUUUCAUCACCCCCUCACUAACCACCUAUCGCUUCUCAAAUUUAUUAGCUUUUUACCCUAACAUUAUACACCGUAUUACCCCUGCAAAUUCUCUUACUUUCGGACAAACAAUCGCCAUUCAAACUAUAGACUUAUCUUGGCUGGAAAAAUACGGCCCUAAACUUAUAACUUCACUAAAUACCACCAUAGCUUCUACGGUUAGUAACGCACAAAAGGGUGUAAUCAAAACAUAUUUGGCCUCCUUAUUACUCACUCUAGCCCUAACCGCCCUGAUUCUAACCCCUAAAUAGCACGCAAGGCCCCCCGCUCGAACCCUCGAGUUAGCUCCAGAACAACAAACAAUGUUAACAAUAAUGCUCAAACACCAAUAAUAAGUAUUCAACCCCCCGAAGAAUAUAUUACAGCCACUCCACUAGUAUCCGCCCGUAAUAACCCUAGGUUAUUAAUCUCUUCUAAAGGAGUUGCUGAUGCCUCCAACCACUCACUUCAGCAAUAAACAAAUGAAAGCACUACUAAUAGCAAGUAAAACACCAUUCGUGUAAAAACAGGUCAGCUCCCUCAACCCUCCGGGUAACGCUCAGCAGCUAACGCCGCAGAGUAGACAAAAACAACCAAUAUACCCCCUAAAUAAAUCAAAAAGAGAACUAAGGAUAAAAAAGACCCCCCAAAAUAGGCUACUAACCCACAGCCAGCCCCGGCAGCGAAUACUACUCCUAAGGCUGCAAAAUAAGGGGAAGGGUUUGAAGCCACAGCAACAAACCCUAAGAUCAAACCAAUUAAUAAAAUUGUUAACACGUAAGACAUAGUUCAUAUUUGGACUCUAACCAAAACCAAUGACUUGAAAAACCACCGUUGUAAUUCAACUACACAAACUAAUGGCCAACUUGCGCAAAACCCACCCCGUACUAAAAAUUGCCAAUGAUGCACUAGUAGACUUACCAACUCCAUCGAACAUUUCAGUCUGAUGAAACUUUGGCUCUCUUCUAGGUCUCUGCUUAAUUUCCCAAAUUGUAACAGGCCUUUUUUUAGCAAUACACUACACUUCUGAUAUUGCUACUGCUUUCUCAUCAAUUACCCACAUUUGUCGGGAUGUUAAUUACGGCUGAUUGGUACGAAGCAUACAUGCCAAUGGCGCCUCAUUUUUUUUUAUUUGUAUUUAUCUACACAUCGCACGAGGACUUUAUUACGGAUCUUAUUUAUAUAAAGAAACCUGAAACGUUGGUAUCAUUCUUCUUCUUCUCGUAAUAGCAACAGCUUUCGUAGGCUAUGUCCUUCCUUGAGGACAAAUAUCUUUUUGAGGAGCUACAGUAAUCACAAACCUUCUUUCCGCUGUACCUUACGUAGGUGACAACCUUGUCCAGUGAAUCUGAGGGGGUUUCUCAGUGGACAAUGCUACACUAAACCGAUUUUUCACAUUCCACUUCCUCCUGCCCUUUGUAGUACUAGCAGCCACACUCGUACACCUGCUUUUUUUACACGAAACGGGCUCUAACAACCCAGCUGGAUUAAACUCUAAUCUUGACAAAAUCUCUUUCCACCCUUAUUUUUCUUACAAAGAUCUCUUAGGGUUCGCAACAUUACUACUCGCAUUAACUGCCUUGGCUUUAUUCCUUCCCAACUUAUUAGGGGACCCUGAUAACUUCACACCAGCCAACCCUUUAGUCACCCCUUCCCACAUUAAGCCUGAAUGAUAUUUUUUGUUUGCCUAUGCCAUUCUUCGAUCCAUCCCUAACAAACUGGGCGGGGUAUUGGCUCUACUAUCAGCUAUCUUAGUUCUAGCUUUAGUACCCCUCCUUCACACCUCUAAACAACGAGGGUUAACAUUCCGCCCCCUAACAAAGGUCCUUUUCUGAUCCCUCUCCGCUGACGUAGUACUUUUAACAUGACUUGGAGGAAUGCCUGCAGAACCCCCUUAUAUUAUGAUUGGCCAAGUAGCCUCAAUUACUUACUUCUCAAUCUUCCUAGUAUUAAUACCCUUAGCAGGAUGUAUUGAAAACAGCAUACUCAAAUAGGUGU